GCGGGGUACACCCUGGACAAGUUGCCAUCUCAUCGCAGGGCCAACACAGAUAGACAGACAACAUUCACACUCACAUUCACACACUAGGGCCAAUUUUAGUGUUGCCAAUCAACCUAUCCCCAGGUGCAUGUCUUUGGAGGUGGGAGGAAGCCGGAGUACCCGGAGGGAACCCACACAGUCAUGGGGAGAACAUGCAAACUCCACACAGAAAGAUCCCAAGGCCGGGAUUGAACUCACGACUACUCAGGACCUUUGUAUUGUGAGGCAGACGCACUAACCCCUCUAGCACCGUGCUGCCCGAUGAGCGAUGGAAGGAGUAGAAGAUCAUGAAACCGAAAUGGAGUAGGCAUCAGAAAACAAGCUGUUUUAUGUGAAGGGAAUGGCCUCACCAGCACUGCAAUGUGGGUCAAAGAGAAGAUGCACCGCCGCCAUUGGUGCGCCUAAAUGCUGGAUAUCUGGUGUCAAUCACAACCAGGAGAGAAAGAAAGAAAGGGAGAAGGAGGAAGGUGAUGCUGAUCCUCAGAAAGGAUGCUAUCGAUCAGCCUCACAGACGUCUUGCAAUUAGAUGUCCUUGCACAUGCGCAUUCCCACCUUUAUUUCUUCGUAAGGGGCUGAUAAUGAGGUAAUGCAAGAAGCAUCUAAUCGGAUGAAGCCGACGUUUCGAUGCAGAACUCCGCGCCGCUGUCCGGGAUGGUGAGCCACUUUCAGACGCCCGCCUUCAGCGACUUCGGAGCCGGCCAGACGCGCUCGGUGUACGGCGGCAGGGCCGAGACAUGCGCGCGGCGAACCGGAGCCGCGAGCUACGGAGCGGCUCAGAUUUACCGGAGCCCACACCAGCACCACCACCACGAUGACAGCAGUCCCAAACGUAAAGUACACGUAGCCGCCAAAGCUCCACGCUCCUGCUUCACGUUCCCACCACUGCAAGGUAACGGUGCCUACUGCCUCGAAAAGAAUGGAGACCACACCGAGCUGGGGGACGCUCAGAGCACCAUGAUGCCAUGUGGGCAGAGUUUACCUCUGCCCUUGGGGGGUCACCCCGGGGGACUUUAUCCCCAGAGCCUCCACUGCGACAGCCCAGCGCCUGAUCUUCUUCUGCAGGACAGCCCGCACCAGGAUGCCAGAUCAUCCACUUUUCAGAGGACCCUACCCGGAGCCUCGCUGGGUGGUGCCAACCUGGCUCCAAGUGCUCUACCGUAUGCCAUUAAAGAAGAGGACGCCAUGGGUUACACCAUUUCCGGCAUCGGCGCUUCCCAGGCGGGGUUUCAGAACUCCAGGCCGGGCAUACUUUUGGGGGCGUCGAGGGACGAGAUGGUGGCUCUUGUUAGCAACGGCGGCGACAACAUGAGCGUGGAACCGUUUAAUAAUGAAGAUGGCUCCUCCCCGUUGGCUUUGUCCCCGGCUGGCUCGCGUCAGUCAGCGCGGCUGCUGAGCACGAGCAGUCUGAAAAGACGUCGCCUUUCGCUGGUCUCGCAGUCCCCCGCUGAAACCGGCGGCGUUGCGCUCGCAGAUUCUCCGUCAGCGACCAGAACUGCCUCCGAGGAGAUCAACAUCACUGCCAUCAUCUGCUCAUCCUCACAAAUGUCCAUGGUCACGUGCGUCAACGGGUUCCGUGCUAACCUAUCGCCAAGCCACACCGGCGGCUGCGGCUUCACCUCUUCAUCCUCCUCUUCCUCGUCUAGAUCCCCACCUUCUGUACCCUGCCCUCGAGAAGCCCCUUACAGCCACCCACCACACGGCAGCCCCCAGCGAGCCUCAUUGCAGGGGAGCUGUCAGCUAUCCUCACCCGCCGCUUGCCUGCUGUCCCUUUCCUCCUCUUCCCCGUCGUCCUCCUCAUCGAUUUCAUCAGUGGAGCAAGGCCGAGGGCCGUGCGAGGAGCAGGGCUCCAUGCAGCAGGGCCCUGGGGCUGGAGAACCCUCCCUGGGGAAUACAGGUGGCUCAGACAGGUUGGGGUUACUCAUGAGUGGGGUGCUGAUGUCAGGGACACUGCAGACGGGGGCAGAAACUGGGGUUUUACUGGACAGAAGCCAGAGAUCGGGGGCCGCCCUCAAGCAAGAGCCCUUAGAUGACUUUUCUCCCAGUGAAGACGAAAUCUUGCAGCACCGCUAUCGUCAUCAUCACUUAAGCGGGCGCAACGGGCAUCUUCGCCACUUCCAUCAGCAUCCCCGCACGACCAUGCCCCCGCCCUACCACCUGCACCAAUAUGCGGGGGCCGUUUCUGGCCACAACCAUCAUUCGGCGCCUGGCUCCUCCCUGGCACUCAAGCCUUCGCCCGUGGGCCCGUCCGAGAACGAAGAGGUCGGCGGUACGCAGACCGAUAAGCAGUCUUGUCGCUGGAUUGACUGCAGUGCUGCCUACGAACAGCAGGAGGAGCUGGUGAGGCACAUUGAAAAAGUCCACAUAGACCAGCGCAAAGGGGAGGACUUCACCUGUUUCUGGGCCGGCUGCAUUCGGCGCUACAAGCCCUUCAACGCCCGCUACAAGCUGUUGAUCCACAUGAGGGUUCACUCUGGAGAGAAGCCUAACAAGUGCAUGUUCGAGGGCUGCAACAAAGCCUUUUCGCGUCUGGAGAACCUGAAGAUCCACUUGAGGAGCCACACGGGGGAGAAGCCUUACCUGUGCCAGCACCCGGGCUGCCAGAAAGCUUUCAGCAACUCCAGCGACCGCGCUAAGCAUCAGCGCACUCAUCUGGACACGAAACCAUACGCGUGUCAGAUCCCUGGCUGCACCAAGCGAUACACCGAUCCCAGCUCCCUCCGCAAGCACGUCAAGAUCCACUCAGCCAAAGAGCAACAGGUGCGUAGGAAGCUCCGCCCCUGCCCUCACCUGGAGCAGGACGUCCUGAGCGACUGCCUGUCCAUGCAGCACCUCCAGACCUCCAGCCACCCUCAGCAUCUCUAUAGCAGCAAGGAGGGAUGCGCUCCAGGACUGGGCCAAGACGUAUUUACAGGCUUGUACGCUGGCUCUGGCAUCCCCCACCACAGCGCCUCAGCGGAGCUGCUCUCCCCCGCCGCAAACCCCGCCCCUGCCGCUGACCUGCCCUCCCGACAGCACCGAGACCUCAACAGCCCGCGUCACCUGUCCCCGAUGGCCGCCAUGGAGGGCCCCAGAGACAACGUGUCGGGUCCCCUCCUGUCUCCAGGGAUGAAGGGAACAGGGACUCCUCCUCCUCCGCUGGAAAAGCAUCACGUCCAAAGUCAGCACAAGCCCUACGCUCACUAUCACCACCAUCAGGCUCCCAGCAACGAAUUCCAAGGCAGCUUUCAGAGCUGCUUCCACUUCGCAGACUCCUACCGGAUGGAGCAGACGGUCACCGGCGUCCACGCCUCCCCCGGAGAUUCCCACGCCUACACUUCCCAUCAGCACAAUGGCUUCCACAUGUCCUCCAGCAACUCUCUGGGCUCUGCAGGCUUCAGCUUGACCCAGGAGCUACAAGGCGGCGCAGGGGUGUGCCAGUUCUCCCCCGGCCCAGAGGAGGGCGCCUUCUUCCAGGUGGGAAGCUUCGAGCGCGGCCUGAACCACAUCCCAUCAGUGUACACCGAGUCAUAGACCACCGACGCAACAAGCGAAAAAACACUGGAGCCCACUAUGCCGUCCAUCUACUUCCACUCCCUUCCCAUAAUCCACUUAUUUUAAAUUCACUUAAUCAGGUGAUUUAUCAGCGAAGAAAGGUAAGCUAGAUAAUACAAAUCCAUUAUAUACAAUAUAUCAUACUGUUAUAUAUCACCAAUAAAAAUUCAAAAAUGAUCAGAACUGAAUACAAAAUUAUAAAAAAUUGUUUAUUUUAGUCUAAUGUAAUACAGUCAUUUUAUGAUGUUAGAAAAUAAGUUAAGUAAUAAGGUUAAUAAAAUGUCAAAAUGUAAUAAAAAAGAUAAACAGACAAUUCAGCACUUUCCCAUUUAAAUAUACAAUUAUAAUAUGAGGGGAAAAAAUACCAGAACUAAUACAAAAUGAUUUUUAAAAAAUUGUUAAAUUAAUUUUAAUGUAAUACAGUCAUGUUCUGAUGUUAGGUAAUAACUCAAUAAAAGGUUAGUGAAAUUUCGAAACGUAAUAAAAAAUAAACAGACAAUUCAACACUUUCCCAAUUUAAUAUACGAUUAUAAUAUGAGGGAAAAGAAUACCAGAACUAUUACAAAAUUAUUUAAACAUAUAGUUAAAUUAAUUUUAAUGUAAUAGUCAUUUUCUGAUAAGUAAUAACUCAAUAAAAGGUUAAUACAAUGUCAAAAUGUAAUAAAUAAAUAAAUAAACAGACAAUUCAGCACUUUCCCAUUUAAAUAUAUAAUUAUAAUAUGAGAAAAAAAAUUACCAGAACUAAUACAAAUUUAUUUUUUUAAAACAAGUUUUAAUGUCAUUUUCUGAUGUUAAGUAAUAACUGAAUAAAAUAUAAAAAAUAUAAUAAGAAAUUUAAAAAAUUCAGCACUUUCCCAUUUAGAUAUUUAGGAUGACAACCAUGGCAUUAAUGACCCUAUGAAAACAAUACAUUUUGCUUCAACGUGAACACUACAAACUAAUUAUAUCAUCAGUUUUUAAACUGAAUCAUCAAGAGACAAAUGUAUCAAACUUAUCAUGUUGCUGUGUUGGUUGUUUGUAUUAUUGUCUGCAUUCCUGUAUUUUUGUUUUAUGGCUUUUAUCCGCAACUCUUCUGCAACAAUGCAAAGGAAACAACCAACCAGUCAGCUUUUAAUAAUAUUGUGUGUAUAAAAUGUACAGUUUGUUUACACAUAUUUGAUUGUUGAAUGCAACGUCUCCAUUCCAAAAAUAAAUACCUGA